UGCACACAGAUCAGUCAAGGUUUAUAAGCGUUCGGUAAUAGACGCUCCACGCGCUUUAUUAGGGUUUUGUGGUGUGAAUAGCAAAGAAGAAAAACAAACGGAAUGCAUUUCUCGCGCUUAAAUAAUGUCUGGUGGGGAUUUCUCGUUUGGUAUUGUGCUUUAGCCUCAGUUGCUGCCACCACUGCACCCGUUAUCAGUGAUAUCACCGCAGAUUUGGUGUCCAGUGUUGGAGAUGACAUUGAAUUCAAUUGUACCGUGGAAAAUGUGGGCCGUAUGUCGGUUAGCUGGGCCAAGCGUACCAGUGAAAUAGGCUCCGUGGUCUUAUCGAUGCGUAGCAUCCUCAGUUUAAGUGAUCCCCGUUACACCAUAGUGGAAACUCUGGACGACAAGGCGAAUCGGGCCACCUACACUUUUAAGAUAACCAAAAUUGAAUCCACCGAUAUGGGUGUGUAUGAGUGUCAGGUCAUACUCACGGCCACCGAUAAAAUCACCAAGAAACUUAGUUUGUCCAUUAAACAUCCGGCCAUCAUUUCUGAGGAACGUACUCCAAAAUCUAUGCUGGUGACGGAGGGUCAAAAUCUUGAGGUCAACUGUUAUGCUGAUGGUUUUCCCCAGCCCACCAUAUCGUGGGAGCGUGAAAAUCGUGCCAUAAUGCCAGCUGGAGGCACUAGCUCCGAGGGCCAUACUUUGCGCAUCAAGGAAGCCCAUCGCCUGGAUCGUGGUGGUUACUAUUGCAUAGCCUCCAAUGGGGUGGGACAACCCGAUCGUCGUCUUAUUCGCAUUGAGGUAGAAUUUAGGCCCCAAAUUUCAGUGCAACGUCCCAAAAUUGCCCAAAUGCUCAAUCAUGCCGCCGAACUCGAAUGUACGGUUCAGGCUUAUCCAGCUCCCGCAGUAUUCUGGUAUCGCAAUGGCUCAAAACUCCAAUCCAAUUCGAAUUAUCAAAUUUCCAAUACGGCUUCGUCUCACGAGGCUACCACUUCCGUUUUGCGCAUCAGCAGCAUCAAUGAAUUGGACUUUGGCGAUUAUUAUUGCAAUGCCACCAAUAAAUUGGGACAUGCCGAUGCUCGGCUACAUCUCUUCCAGCCCGUCAUUCCAGUGCCUUCCAUGUAGUUUAAUUGAAAUUCACACACACACACACACACACACAAUCUCCCACAAGUCUGACAGAGAGAAAGAGAGCAUGAGCGAAAGAACAAAUCAACCCUCCAAAAAAAAAGAAACCCCAAAAAAACAACCAAAAAAAUUUAAAAAAAAUAAAACCCUGGCGUUAAAACGGCAACGAUGGCGGCGGCAGCAGCAGCAGCAGACAGCCGGACAGACAAUGAGAAGAAGGACG